GGCGCUAUAGUUCUGCCACCGUAAAAGCCUGAGGACGAGGAGUGUAGCCUACCGCAGAACAUAGGAGACGUUUUACUUUACCACAUCUCGACUCGUGAGCUGACCGUUUUAAAGAUAUCAUGUUCGUUUGAGGGAGAAAGCGGAUUCCAUACUGAUGUUACGGCCCUACAGUACCUGAGGCAGUGGACAUCUGGGGAGACGAGCAUCCACAGGAUUCAGUGAGAGGGAAGAGGUGACAUUCUAAACGUUAAGAGAAAGGAAUAGAACCGGACUUGGCACUGAGCCUUGGGGGACACCCAUCAUUUUUCGGGGACUGGACUGGUUGCAACGCCCUCACCAUUCCACCCUAAGCAGCGUUCUUGUUCUCCAACACGUCCUCCUCUGCCUGCAGGGCGUCCAGAGAACCAGGGCCUCCGGACCCACUCAGAGAAAAGCAGCAGCACAGUAGGGAUGAGCGAGUUCUGGCACAAGAUUGGCUGCUGCGUGGUGGCCAAACCUCCACCGAGGAAGAAGCGCAGGAAAAUCGACCGCAGCAUGAUCGGCGAGCCCACAAACUUUGUCCACUUGACACACAUUGGCUCUGGGGAGAUGGCAGAGGGCCGGGCCCCGUCAGGGCCAGUCCAGGAUAAGAUGAGGUCAAAAGGACCCAGUACCAACGGCCGCAAGAGCAUGUUAUAACUGCUGCCUACCAAGCAUGGAGAACCAUUUCCAUCCUCCUCUAUGCGCCCCUCUCAUCCCAAAUCAAAAGCAGCCACUGCAGCGUAACCUGUUUCCAUUGGAGCACUUGGCAAACCUGAGAGCGGACCCUAAUAGAGAGCAGAGAGGCUCUUCCUGGCGUCUGCAGGAUCUAUUUAGCCAAACAGGACGAUGGCCUUUCUGUGGUCACCACAAGAAUCGCCCUGCUCAGAGGAGGAUAGACUGACAUGUUUUUUAUGCUUUUUAAAGAAAAGUAUUUGUCUUUCUGAUGGACUUUGGACUUCCACUGUAUUUCAGCCAACAACGUUACUGUGUCUGUGCCAGCAAGCGUAUGGGAUAGAGCCGGGGAGAGUGUUUAGCUACAUUUGUUGACUAACAUGGCUGAUUCCAUUUCAGGAGGUGAAGAUUAUGUUCUCAAGGAUCACCUGAAUGUUGCAAACCAUUGACCUACUGCCAAACAAACUAUUGUGUGUAUCUGUCUAAUGAAUGAGGAUGCACCUUGUUAUUUUCCUACAGUGCAUAGUUAAAGGUGUCUUCGUGUGUGUUUAAGUGCAAAAUGCUAUGUGAUUUUGUUGCUGUUUAGAUACCAGUACUGAGUAGUGUUAUUUUGAUUGUACCAGUUGCUAUAGAGCCCCAUUUGGACUGCUACCCAGUUGCCAUAGAGACCCAUUUGGACUGCUACCCAGUUGCCAUAGAGACCCAUUUGGACUGCUACCCAGUU